AUGGUUUUCGUCAAGUCUCAGAAAUCAAAGGCCUACUUCAAGAGGUAUCAAGUCAAGUUCAAGAGAAGAAGAGAGGGUAAGACUGAUUACAGAGCCAGGAUUCGUUUGAUUAACCAGGACAAGAACAAAUAUAACACUCCCAAAUAUCGUUUCGUUGUUCGAUUUACCAACAAGGAUAUUGUUGCGCAAAUUGUCUCUGCUAGCAUUGCCGGUGAUAUUGUUCUUGCAGCAGCUUAUGCACAUGAGCUACCUCAUUAUGGUCUUGAAGUAGGUCUUACAAACUAUGCUGCAGCCUAUUGCACUGGUCUCCUUUUGGCUCGCCGAGUUCUUAAAACUCUUGAAAUGGAUGAGGAAUAUGAAGGCAAUGUCGAGGCUUCUGGAGAAGAUUAUUCAGUCGAACCGGCUGAUUCCAAGAGGCCUUUCCGUGCUCUCCUUGAUGUUGGUUUGGUCAAGACCACAACCGGUAACCGGGUGUUUGGGGCACUUAAGGGAGCUUUGGAUGGAGGUUUGGAUAUUCCUCACAGUGACAAAAGGUUUGCUGGUUUUGACAAGGAGAAAAAGGAACUUGAUGCUGAGAUUCACAGGAAGUAUAUCUUUGGUGGACAUGUUACUGCCUAUAUGAAGACAUUGAUUGAAGAUGAGCCUGAAAAGUACCAAACUCACUUCAGUCAAUAUAUCAAGAAAGGGAUAGAAGCUGAAGGAAUCGAGGAACUUUACAAGAAGGUUCAUGCUGCUAUUCGUGCAGACCCCUCAAUCAAAAAGUCUGGAAAGCAGCCACCAAAGGAACACAAGAGGUACAACCUGAAGAAGCUCACUUAUGAUGAGAGAAGGACAAAGUUGAUUGCUCGCUUGGAGGCACUAAAUUCUGCAGUGGAUGAAGACGAGGACGACGAUGAGUGA